AUGAUUUUACCUUUGUCCAUUGAUGAUGAAACCACUACAAGUGGAACUGCAUCCAUCAUCCAAAAGAGUUUGGUCUUCAAUGUGAACGUUCAAGUAAUUACAUUCCAAAGGAUCACACGACAGGAAAGUUCAAUCUUUCAGCAGCAAGGGAAAGAUUCCUUUUCUACCAAGGCUUAAAAUAUCACCAUGAAGAAAUGAAAGUUUUCAGGAAGACCCUUGAAGACAACGAUAAGCAUAUCACAGAUGAACAAGGGGAAGAUUCUUCAGAUAGUGUUCAUGACUCUGAUUCAGAAGUAGAAGUUACUGAAGGGAAUGGUAAACAAUUAAAUUUUAAAGAAUUCUGUGCAAAAGUUGAACAAACAAGGAAAAAUGCAAUGGCAAAACUUAAAAGUUGUACCAGUGGAAAGAAUUUGCAGCAAAGUGCCAUGAUAUUGCGGCAGCGCCAAAGUGAAUGGUUGUUGUUAGAGGACCAGUUUAAACGCACAUGUCUACACCUGGCAGUUGAAAAAAAUGAUCUCCAACUAGCAGAGAGCCUUUUAGUUUCUGGUGCAGAAAUUAACAAACCAGAGGGAUGUGGUGUAACACCAGUUAUGACUGCAAUCAUUAAAGAGCAGUUUCAAAUGGUACAGUUGCUAUUGAAAUACAAUGCUAAAACACAAUGUACAUUUACAGGUCUAAUUCCACUGCCAUCAGAACUGGUUGAAUCGAUUGAUAACCCUGCCAUUAAAGCAACAAUUUUGCAACACAUCAACGAAGAAGUGAAUGAGGCGGUGGCUGUUUUUGCAGAAUAUCUUGAUGGAAAAGGGGAAGUAGCACUUAGCAAGACUGGUGUGGCACCAGAAAAUAGACCGCAAAGUGAAAAAAGUGACGAGGUGAUUAGUGUAAGAAAGAAAGUGAUCACUUUUGGUGACCAAAAAACCUGCAGUAAUGUGCGAUCUGUCAGGAAUAGAGCACCUGAUGAAUUUUCAACUUUCAUGGAAAAGCCAGGUGAUUUUCACACGGAGGGCUACUUAGCUCAAUGUUGUGGUAAAAUCCUUGGCCCUGGUGGAUUCUAUUAUGUGAUGAGACAGUUGCUAGGUAGACAUCAGGUAACAUCAAAAAGUUUCCAAAAAAUAUUUAAAGAAGGAAAUUUGGAACGCAACAUUGAUGCAUUGAAAGAUUUUACAUGGGGUAUGGCCAUUGCUGUGGUAAAAGAAUUUGAAACAUCUGUCUAUUUUCCAAGCAAAGAUCGGUUGCACCAUGGUGAGGGUGACACAGAUCUAUUAUGCAGAAGGUUCCAAGGAUGGCUCGACGAGAGUUCCAGCAGGGAUGCAGUUUUUUCAUACCACAAACAAAAUCUAUUAGAUCAUCUAUUCCUUUUAGACUUUUUCCACACUAGUGUUAGGUGUGGUAAUGGAAAAGCCCUGGAAGCUUGUUACUUUCUUUUGGCUCCGAUUUUUUUUUCAAUGAACAAGAAGAACUACAAAGAUGAAGCAUUUGUGCACAUUGUGAGCAUUAUGUGUACAUGGCCCCUUGCAUUGAGGGAAACCCUACGGAGAAACAGAACAAUUUCAUUGUCAGGUCGUCCAGGCCAUGAUUUGGCAGAUGACGAAUUCAUAGAGGAGAGACUGGUAAGAAGAACAAAGAUGUAUGCAAAAAAACAAGCAACAGUCCAGGGAUUAGAGAGAAUAAGUCUUAUUCUUGACUUCUGUGCAGAGCUUGAGGCAGCUUUCAAAGCUGCCUAUGAUGUGAGAUCGCCCAAAAAAACACAUGUACCAGAUUCAACAAGUGAGCAUGCUAAAGUUGCCUGGUUUGCUGUACAAGAACAGUGGUUUUGUGAUAAAGGGAGAGUGGAAGGUCCCACCUACCCAAGUAACAAGAAGGAGUUGCCAUCAGUGAAACAGAAGUUACGCAAAGACUGCCAGAAUGCACAGUUGCGGGGAGAAGAGCUGUUCAAAAAACAUUUUAAGGAGAUGAAAUGCAGACUUUUCCCUACUACAGCCUUACACUAUGUAACUGAUAAUUGA